AUGAUGAGGGGCGGAUUGUUGCAGAAGCAGGGCACUUCCUCUGUGUGUCUGCUCUGCCGCCACAGAUGGCAACUUCGCCAGCAAUAUCAACAACGAAUCCAGCCGAAUACCCGCCGCGUAUACUCUUCGUGGGACGAUAAACCUAGCUGGGGUACCCAACAACAGCCCGUAACACCAGGCGCUGGAGGAGAUGGAGGAGGGCAAGGAGGAGGAGGAGGAGGAGGGAGGAUGGGGGUGGUUCCUGGGAAAACCCGGGCCACCCAAACGACACCCGGAACUGGUUCCUGGAAACCGGCCACCCAAACGACACCCGGAACGGGAACGGCACAGAGUCAACCCAAGCCCGCCAACCCUAACGCUGGCUUGCUUCCUCACGAGAUCGCCGCCAGAGAGCGCCUGCUGAAAAUGGCUGCAGCCGCUGUGGCUCCUAAGCCCGCUCCUCCUAGGCCCGCUCCUCAGCCCGCUCGAAAACUAGCACCAGAGCCUUUCAUACGCGCCCCGAGUGACCGCCCGGUGCGCCGGCUACCUGAAGGUCAACAGAACGAGUACAAGGGGGUUGCGCCGCAGAAGGAACAGCAGGGACCUGUAGUGCGCAGGAUGCUCUUGCGUCCGAAACAACCAGGUCAAGAGCUUACCAGAGACACGCCAGGACCCAAAACCGAGGGUGAAACUCAAAAAGCUGGGACUCCGGUCCGCACGGUAUCAGCGCCUCUUGGUAUAAGACGUUUUCCGGCACAGGCGCCUAAGCCUCAAGAAACUCCGAAGCCAUCAACUUCCAGUCAAACCACUCCUAGCGAACCAAUUCCCAGCCGACCAGCACAGGGACCAACAGCUCAAAGUCAACCCACUGUCAGCAGCCUAUUGAGCCUCUCCAACAGGACAUCACCAAAGCCGGCUCAAACCAGCCAAGCUAGUGAACAAGUUGAUGGGACUUCAGGGAAAAGCGAUUGGGAUGCUUUGGAAGCCGCCAGUGCAGCGCCCAGCAAACCUAUUGAACCGGCCGGUGGAGGAUGGGGAACGAGCAGUUGGGGAACAAGUAGUUGGGGCGCCUCUUCAGCCGCUAAUCAGCCAACCAGCCAACCCCAGACACAACAGCUCCUUCCCCACGAGAUAGCAGCCAGGGCUCGGUUGCAGCAAAGACAUGCUCAGAACCAGCCUCAGACCCCUGCAAAGAAUCUGAGAAGCCUUGCUGAUGGUCUUUUUGCCCAUGAUAGACAGACGGGUCAAUUCUCGGCCAAGGAUCUACGGAAACGUCAAGAAACGGGUUCUCUGAAGGACAACUUGCAGAAUGCCGAGGAAGAGGAGCGCCGUGCGGACAAUACAGACGCAUGGGAUGACAUAUUUGCCGCUCAGCCUCCUGCUCCUUCACCGCCCAGAACUUCAGCUCGUGAGGUUUACCAGUCAAUCUCAUCCAAGUUUGCACCUCCACCAGAUUCAAGUUCUCCGCGUGAAACUGAAAGGCAAUGGUCGGGGCUCGUCCGCCGUACAAGCAUUCCACAUCAGGGAACCUUCAACAAUUUUUCUGAUAAUAACGCUUUUGUCAAGUCUGCCCCCCCAUCUCAGGAAGAACGACGUCCGGGGCCCAGAGAUAGUGCCGACUUUAUGAAGCAGGCUGAAGAUCGAUAUGUAACCAGGCCAGCACAAUCCGGGGAGACUUCCGAGAGGACUCAAGAAGCUACUGAGGCGUUCAAGAAGCAGAUGUCAGAUGGGUGGGAUUGGGCUGACGACUACGGAAGAAAGCCUAAGGAGAACGCAGGACAGAAGCUGGAGCACCAAGACUUUGAAAGGCCUCGAAACAAGCUGGAGCACCAAGACUUUGAAAAGCCCAGAGGCAGGGAUAACGCAAGACAGGCAAGAGACGAUAGGGUUGCGCUGGAAGAGAUACCGAUUCCUUCGCGGUAUAUCAAGGAGGAAAAGAAGCCCAAGAAGAAGGGAGGCAGGCGGAACGAUUACAAGGAAGACGACGAUUUCGAUGAUAUGGCGUACGAGUAUAAGCGUCGUGAAAGGUUGGCCAGGAAGGCCGAGAAGGAAAGGCUCCAGUUUGAGGAGACUGGCCCUAUCCCCAUUCUCCUUCCCGAGUUCAUUAGCGUUGCCAACCUCGGCACGGCCCUUGGCGUGAAGACAGACCUGUUCAUCUCCCAACUGGGUGAGCUCGGGUUCGAGGAUAUCGCCAAGGAUAGCAUCAUGACCGGCGAGACGGCCGCCUUGGUUGCCCAAGAGUACGGCUUCGACCCAACAGUUGAUGCUGGUGAGGAUGAGGACUUGAAGCCACGCCCUCCUCCUGAGGACAUGUCUACCGUACCCUUACGGCCACCGGUUGUUACUAUCAUGGGCCACGUCGACCACGGUAAGACCACUUUGCUCGAUUUCCUGCGGAAGUCUUCCAUCGCAGCCGGUGAGCACGGUGGUAUUACCCAGCACAUUGGUGCCUUCUCCGUGGCGAUGUCCUCAGGUAAGCAAAUCACCUUCCUGGAUACCCCUGGUCACGCUGCUUUCCUGUCCAUGAGACAGCGUGGCGCCAACGUCACCGACAUUGUCAUCCUGGUCGUCGCCGCCGACGACAGUGUCAAGCCACAGACCAUCGAGGCCAUCAAGCAUGCCCGCACCGCCAAGGUGCCCAUGAUUGUGGCCAUCAACAAGAUCGACAAGGAUCAAGCCAACGUCGAGCGCGUCAAGUCCGACUUGGCCGCCAACGGCGUCGAGAUCGAGGACUACGGCGGUGAUGUCCAGGUUGUCUGCGUCAGUGGCAAGACCGGUCAAGGCAUGGACGAUCUCGAGGACAACAUCCUUACCCUGUCCGAGAUGCUCGAUAUCCGCGCCGAGCCCGAUGGCAUGGCCGAGGGCUGGGUUCUCGAGUCUAGCAUCAAGCCCAUCGGUCGCGUGGCCACCGUGCUCGUCAAGCGUGGCACCCUUCGUCCCGGCGACUUCAUCGUCGCCGGCCGUGUCUUCGCCAAGGUGCGCAGUCUACGCAACGAAGCGGGCGUUGAGAUCGAAGAGGCGCCCCCAGGAACAGCCGUCGAGAUUCUUGGCUGGAAGGAGCCGCCCGAGGCGGGCGACAUGGUCCUCCAGGCGCCCGACGAAGACAAGGCCAAGAUCGCGGUGCAUUACCGCAUCGAGCAGAAGGAGCGCGAGGAGGCCAUGGAGCAGAUUACGGAGAUGGAGCGGGUCAGGCGCGAGCGCGAUGCCGAGCGGAUCGCAGCCGAAGCCGGGACCGAGGAGGCGGCGGCGGAUGAGAAGCCAGACGGGCCCAAGACCAUCAACUUCACUGUCAAGGGCGACGUGCAUGGUUCGGUCGAGGCCGUGUGCGCGUCGAUUCUUGAGAUCGGCAGCAACGAGGUGCGUCCCCGCGUGCUGCUGUCGAGCCCGGGCCAGAUCACCGAGUCGGACGUCGAGCACGCUGCGGUUUCGGGCAGCACGAUUAUCAACUUCAACAACCCGAUCCCGGGCCACAUCAAGCGCUUGGCUAUCGAGAACAAGGUCAAGAUCAUGGACCACAACAUCAUCUACAACCUGACAGAGGAGGUGCGGCAGAUCCUGAGCGAAUCUUUGGCCCCCACGAUCUCGUACAAGGUGAUUGGCGAGGCCGAGAUCGCGCAGGUGUUUGCUAUUAAUAUCAAGGGACGCAAGUACAAGAAUGUUGCGGGUGUCAAGGUCAGGAACGGAGCGGUGUCGAGGAAUGCACGGGUGAGGUUGCAGAGGAAGGGAGAGGUUGUUUAUGAUGGUACCAUCAGCUCAGUCAAGCACGGUAAGAAGGAGGUUACGGAGAUGCGCAAGGGUACCGAGUGUGGUCUUGAGUUUGGUGACGAGUUUGAUGAUAUCAGGGAAGGCGAUCUUAUCCAGGUCGUGGAGGAGAUUGUGGAGAAGAGGCAUCUGUAA